GUUAGUAAAUGUGAACGUUAGUAUUAUUGGGGCCGUCCCUACAACUAACCCAUUUCAAUGCGAGGAAUCUCGCGAGCAUUCCAAGACAGAUGACUUCUUAGGUGUUCCUGCUAUAUUUUAUUUUAAUAAUUUUUAUUCACAAGGUGGUCUCGCAAGAAGAGGGGCGCCUGCUUUUCUAUGCUUAAGGCAAUUUCCAAGUUCCUACAGGGUCUACGCUGUCCUGUUGGCUGACUAAUUACUAUUUGGUUCAGUUCAGAGCAGCCCUUGUGAGAAGAACCAGCUGCCACUGCCCAUCCCCCACGCUCAAUCUUGCUUUUCUCUGCAAAUUCUUCGAUUGUGCGAAAUGGGUUUCUUAGGAGUCGCAUGGUCCAUCGAUUGGGCGCAAGAGUCUUCCCCCCACUAUGAAGAUUUCUUGGCCCUUCCCUUCUGCGCUGUCUUCUUCCUUUCAGUCCGAUUCUUUCUUGACAGAUAUGUUUUCCAGAAAUUUGCCAGACGUAUGAUUCUUGGAAAAGGGCAUGCUUUGUUGGAUGUUGACACACGGCGUCAGAGGAACAAAGUCAAGAUAAUCAAUAAAUUCAAGGAGUCAGCAUGGAAAUGUGUCUAUUUCCUUUCUGCAGAGAUUUUGGCUGUGUGUGUCACAUAUGAUGAGCCUUGGUUCACUAACACAAAGUACUUUUGGGUUGGUCCUGGCAAUCAGGUUUGGCCUGAUCAGAAAAUUAAACUGAAAUUGAAGGGAUUGUACAUGUAUGCUGCUGGAUUCUACACAUAUUCAAUAUUUGCUUUAGUUUUUUGGGAAACAAGGCGUUCGGACUUUGUGGUUUCAAUGGCCCAUCACUUAGCAAGUGUCAUACUCAUCGUAUUGUCUUACAUAUUCAGGUUUGCUCGUGUUGGUUCAGUUGUUUUAGCUCUCCAUGAUGCAAGUGAUGUAUUUCUAGAAGUUGGAAAGAUGUCAAAAUAUAGUGGUUGUGAAUGGCUUUCUAGCUGUUCUUUUCUUAUGUUUGUUUUAUGCUUCACAAUACUUCGCAUUGUUUACUAUCCGUUCUGGAUAAUACGGAGCACAAGCUAUGAAGUUCUUUUGACCCUGGACAUGGACAAGCAUAAGUUGGAUGCGCCUAUAUAUUACUAUUUGUUUAACACACUUCUUUUCUGUUUACUUGUUAUUCACCUCUAUUGGUGGAGAUUGAUGCUUCAGAUGCUCAUAGAACAAAUCCGUGCAAGAGGCAAGUUGAGUGAUGAUGUUCGAUCUGAUUCUGAAGGUGAUGAUGAACACAAUGAUUGAACAAAGAUUGAUUGAAGAACAAUGCUCGCAUGUGCCUAUGUGCUUAUGUUUUGUAAUUAAUCACUCAGAAAGGGAUAUUCAAACUUCUAGUCCUCAAUCCUUUUGGUGAGAUCUACAUUGUCUAUUGCCUUCAUUCAUGCACAUAAGCUUCAAUUAAGGUGUAUAUUUCAUAUCUACUGCCUCCCAUUUUCAAAUGUUAGAAAGAAAAUAUCAAAAUAUUUGUAAAUGACAUGAUCCUUCUUGCUAUAGAACUUCAUAUGUUGUGAUUCAAA